AUGACUGAUCAGGCAGUGGAUUCACACAGACUGUCUGUGAAAACAUGGACAGAAGAGGAGAGCGACCGGGCUGACAGCACACUUAGCAGAGGCCAGUCGAUUUGCGAUGAUACCUGCUCAGAGCUACAGAGAAUGGCGGCCAUUGACAGAAGGGAAAUUAACUCCCAGAAUUCCCUCCGGGGGCGGGGUGCGCUGUCCAGGUUAGUCGGCAUGGUGAUGACACUGAGAGAAUGGGCCCAUAAGAGUUUGGCGGAGGAGGCCGAGCGACCCGACUCCUUCCUGGAACGUUUCCGAGGCCCCGCCCCUGUGGACCAGCAGGCCCCACACAGCAGGUUCAGCCACACCCACACCAACUCUGAUACACACAAUGAAACUGAUCAAAAGAGGAGGAGGUGUAAUGUCUUGGUUUUGUCUCCAUCUGAUGAUGUAUACUACCACUGGCUGAUGGUGAUUGGUGCUGCUGUUCUCUAUAACUGGACCUUCCUCGUCGUCAGGGCCUGUUUUGAUGAGCUCCAGAUGCGGGGUGUGUUGGGGUGGCUGGUGCUGGACUAUCUCUGUGAUGGAGUGUAUAUCCUGGAUAUGGCUGUUCGUCUCCGCACAGGUUUCUUGGAUCAGGGUUUGAUGGUGAAAGAUGUGCGUUGUCUGAGAGAAACCUACUUUCGUACCCUCCAGUGCAAACUUGACAUCUGUUCCAUCCUCCCCACCGACCUGCUGUACCUCACCUUGGGAACUGGCUACACUCCUCUUCUUCGAUUCAACCGGCUGCUUCGCCUAACACGUUUGUUUGAAUUCUUCGAACGGACGGAAACGCGAACAGGCUACCCCAACGCUUUCCGCAUCUGUAAACUGGUUCUCUACAUCUUGGUGAUCAUCCACUGGAAUGCCUGUGGGUACUACAGCUUCUCCAAGGUCCUGGGACUUGGCUCUGAUUCCUGGGUUUACCCCAAUGCUUCUGAUCCAGAGUUUAGCACUCUGACCAGAAGUUACAUAUACUGUCUUUACUGGUCGACUCUUACACUGACUACCAUCGGAGAGACGCCGCCGCCUGUUAGAGAUGAAGAGUAUCUGUUCCUGGUAUUUGACUUUCUGGUUGGCGUUCUGAUUUUUGCCUCCAUUGUGGGGAAUGUUGGAGCAAUGAUCUCCAAUAUGAACGCAACAAGAGCAGCCUUCCAGAGCCGCGUAGAUUCCCUGAAACACUACAUGCAUUUCAGACACGUCAGCAAGGAGCUGGAGCAGCGGGUCAUCAGCUGGUUUGAUUACCUGUGGAGCAAUCAGAAAGCUAUAGACGAACAGGAGGUGUUGAAGAGUCUGCCCAGUAAACUGAGGGCGGAGAUUGCUAUUAAUGUUCACCUGGACACACUGAAGAAGGUACGUAUAUUCCAGGACUGUGAAGCAGGCCUGCUUGUGGAGUUGGUGUUGAAACUUCGUCCGCAAGUCUUCAGUCCUGGAGACUACAUCUGCAGAAAGGGAGAUGUGGGUAAAGAGAUGUACAUAAUUAAAGAUGGCCGCCUGGCGGUGGUGGGGGAGGAUGGAGCCAGCCAGCUAGCUGUUCUGACUGCAGGAAGCUGCUUCGGGGAAAUCAGCAUCCUGAACAUCAGCGGCAGCAAGAUGGGGAAUCGACGCACGGCUAAUAUCCGGAGUCUAGGCUACUCCGACCUCUUCUGCCUGUCCAAACAAGACCUGAUGGAGGCGCUGCAGGAGUUCCCCCAUGCCAGGGCCCAGCUGGAGCAGAGGGGGCGGGACAUCUUGCAGAAGGAGGGGCUUCUAGAGGAAGUCAAUGUGUCUGCAGGGGAGGAGCUGGAAGAGAAGGUGGAGAGACUGGAGUCCAGUCUGGACCGGUUACAGACCUGUCUGGCCCGCCUGCAGAGCGAGUUCAACUCCUCCCAGCUUCGCCUCAAACAGCGAAUCACAGCCCUGGAAAACAGCGUCACCACGGUAGCCACAGGGAGCGGCUUCCUGUCAGACGCUGACGGCAACGAGAGUGUCUCGGGGGGUGAUGGCAUUCGCAGCGAAAUCAACAUCCGCCUCUGA